AUGAGCGACAGCGACCAGGCUCGGACAAGUUGGAAACUAUCAACACGCAGAGGGAAUUUAUCAGAUAGAGAGGGAACAGAAAGGAGUUCCAGCAAGCUCACACGGCUCUUCCAGACCAUCUCCGACUCUGUCUCUGCCCCUGCAAACAGCCCCGUGAGCCCAACAGCAGAGUACGCGUUUGGACCAGACAGUCGUAGAAACGCAGUACUCCUCGACGUGACUCCAGAGGAUUUACGGCCACCCAGCGUCGCAGAGAGCGUCACCUCUCGCUUUACGCUCGUCCUUCCACCUUCCCCGCCACCCCAUACACUCCAGUAUCCAUUUACAAACAUAGGAGCCCAGCAAACUGUCUCCUUUGAUUCCUUUUCUCGCUCCAACAAACGCUUCUUACCAAAGUUCAAGACCCCAAACUCUGGGCCGGCGAGGCUGUUUAGCCGCAAGAGAAAACAUCGACAAAUCUCCUACGAGUUUGACGGCGAACCUCUCGACGGCGAGGAGGGAGAAUUGGUUGUUGUAGACGACGAAGCCUGUUACAUUGACAACAGUAGGGCGAAGGGAAUGGAUAUCCUACGACUUCUUCCAGAUGAAUUAUCAAUAUAUAUCCUCCUCUUCGUGGACCUCCCCGUAAUCCUCUCCUGUCUCGCCGUUUCUCGACACUGGCAACGACUUGCUAGUGACAAUGUCGUCUGGAGAAGCAUCUUUUACCGAGCAGGCUUUAGCAUUGACUCGAACGCACUUCGUCAAGCGGGCUUUUCGCCCCUGCAAGCACCAGCUACCCCACAAACGCCCACAUCACCUCGCCUCUCAUCCAUUUCCAAAUUUGCAUAUUAUAUACCAGCAUACUCAUCAUCGCUUAGAGAAUCCGUCACCUCGUUUGGCACCGCGCAAUCCCUUGAAAGCAAUCUCCAGAUUGUUCGUCAAGAACCCUUGUCUGUGCCUGCCCCGCUCUCCCUGGACUGGAAAACUGUAUACAAGGCGCGAGUUAUAAUCGAAAAACUCUUGGUCAAGGCAUCACCAACCGUUACCAAACUAGCCGGUCACACCGAUGCUGUCUAUUGCGUGGAAUACGAUGGAGACAAGAUUGUCACCGGGUCUCGAGAUAGAACCAUUUGCGUGUGGACAAUCCGAAACUCUGCUCCCAAGCUCAAGAUGACGCUCACCGGACAUCAAGCCAGCGUACUGUGCCUACAGAUUGACCAUACUGGCUACAUGGUCUCUGGUUCCAGUGAUUGGACGAUCAUCGUCUGGGAUCUAAAUGCGCCACCGGAGAACCGGAUCGUAGACACGCUACGAGAGCACAAGGGCGGGGUGCUGGACAUAAAAAUGGACGCCCACUAUAUCGUGAGCUGUUCAAAGGACUCCUGUAUCUGUGUUUGGGAUCGUGCGACGAGAAAAUUGUUUCGCAAGCUCGUUGGCCACAAGGGCCCCGUCAAUGCCAUUGGAUUCCAGGAUGACCGAGUCGUCAGCGUCUCUGGAGACGGGAGCAUGAUUCUAUGGGACAUGUUGAGUGGGAACAGGAUCCGAACAUUUGAAGGGCACGAGCGUGGCCUCGCGUGCGUCGUCUUCAAAGAUGAUUGGCUGAUAUCUGGAUCCAACGACAAGAAGAUCAAGAUUUGGGACCCACGAACUGGAGAGUGUCUCAACACUCUUUCCGGUCAUGACCACCUCGUUCGCUCGCUUUCUUUCAAUCCUGGGACCAAGCGACUCGUCAGCACCAGCUACGACCGGAGCAUCCGCAUCUGGGACGUGGUCACUGGCAAGUGUCUCCGCGAAUUUCUCAACGUUCACGACAGUCACAUUUUCGAUGUUGUGUUUCGUGUUUCCAAGAUCAUUAGUGCAUCCCACGACAAGGGCGUGGUAAUUAUGGACUUUGCCCCAAGUGAGAUGGAUACGUCUCUAUUUGCAUAG